AUGGUACAAGCAGCAGAUCUGAAGAACGAAUUGCGAAUCCAUAUUGUCGGAGCCGGCAUGGGUGGAAUGGGCUGUGCUUUGGCUCUCGCCAAGCAAGGAUACACAAACCUUCACCUGUGGGAAUCCGCUAGGGAGAUCGGGGAAGUAGGAGCUGGUAUCAAUAUCACCCCUAAUCUCUCGAGAAUUCUCGAUCAGUGGGGAGUGCUUAACAUAGCACGGUCAGAAGCAGUAGCACUUGAUGGUGCAAGUGUGUUAAAUUGUGCAAAGGAUGAAGUGUUGACUAGUGUGGAUUUCCAAUACAUCGAGAAAGAAUUCGGUUAUCCAUUCUAUGUAGUUCACAGAUCGGCGUUACAAAAGAGCUUAGUGACUGGUGCAACACGUUCUGGGGUAGUAAAGCUUCAUCUCGGUCACCUAGUCACGGAUUGGGAUUUUGAAAAUAGUAGAUUUCGGGUGAAAGAGAGAGCUACGGAAUCUUCCAAAGAGCCGCUUGACAACGGAGCAACUGGCGGAGCGUCACUGGCGGAAGGAAAGUGGGUAGAAGCGGAUAUCAUUUUGGCAGCAGAUGGGGUCAAAAGUAAAGCCCGAACAGCCAUGUUGGCAAGAAUCGGGGAAGCGGAUCAAGUCGAAGACACCGGUCAAGCUGCCUAUCGGAUUAUAGUGAAGCGAUCCAUGAUCAAUGAAGAUCCGGAAUUGUUGCCCUUCUUCACCGGGUCACACUCUUACCGAUGGAUAGGCGAGAAGAGACACAUCAUAGCUUACCCAAUUGCAUCCCACGAUCUAUUCAACAUGUCGUCGGCUCAUCCUGACCGACGUUUCGUUGAAGCCGACACAUGGACUGCUUCGGGCUCGAAACAAGAAAUGCUAGACAUGUUCUCAGACUUCUGUCCCCGCGUCCAAAAAUUGUUGAAGCUUGUCCCUGAGGGUGAUGUGUUAGAGUGGAAACUGAGAGUUCAUGCUCCCCUUUCUCAUUGGGUGGAUGGAAACACGGCAUUGGUCGGUGAUGCCUGCCAUCCGACUUUACCACAUUUAGCCCAAGGUGCUGCUCAAGCGGUCGAAGAUGCGGCGGUAUUGGGGGUAGUUUUAGGCAAGAUCAAGUCUAAGGACGACAUCCACAGAGCGUUAAUGGUGUAUCAGGCUCUUCGAAAACCUCGAGCAGAUUGGGCUGUUCUGACCGCCGCUGCUAAUGGUAAAGGCCUCCAUCUGAGCAGUGGUGAAGCACAAGAAAAACGAGAUGCAGCAUUCAAAGCUGCCAAGAAGGAAGGGGGUGAGAACCCGGAUAAGGCGAUCGAUCAGACAACGCAAAGGAUUUUGUACGCUCAUGAUUGUGCUAAAGACGCAGAUGAGAGGUUUGAUGAGCUCUUCAAGGCAGUAGUGUAG